AUGGAGUCCGCAGGAUGGAACGACCAAGGCCACCCCAUGCAUCCCGGCGCCGAAGAUGACUUCCAGCAGUUUCUCAAUAUGAACAGCAUGGACAGUCUUUCUGAGGGCUUGCAGUUCGACUUCGGUGACUUCCAGAAUCCGAAUGGGGGAAGCAUGAUGCAAGUCGCACACCGUGAGACACUCGACACGCCCAUGAGUGGAACCGAUGGGUCGGUUCUCCUGUCGACAGCCAUGCACAACCAAAUGCAUCCCAUGACGACCGCCCCUUCGAACCCCACGAUACCCUCGAACAUGAUGUCCGCGGCCACGUCUGUGAACGCCAUCUCGGACAUUGACGCACAGAUUCAAUUCUUGCAACAGCAAAAAUUGCAACAGCAACAGAGGCAGUUGGAGGAGCAGCAGGCCGCCUUCUUUGCCCAACAGCAGAGCCGCAUGGUCCCGCCCACUCCGCAAAGCCUUGAGAUACAGGCUGGCAAUCAUCAGUUCUACACUGCACAGCCAGACCGGGCCGCUCAGCAGCAUCAGCAUCAGGAUAUGUUCGAGCGUUUCCAGAGGAUGAAGGAGCAGCAACAGCAAGACAUGUCAUUUACUCCUUUGGUAUCUCCGGCAGUCACACCUCUUGAGAGCCAAUUUCCCAUGGACCAGGCAUUCACCGUUCCCAACGCGUAUUUCAGUCCACUCACGUCGCCAGCAUUGCAUGCUCAGUCUGACCCCAUGGCCAUGUUCGAACGUGGUCUGUCUACCACUGCCACCACCACGAGCUCUCCUGAGGGGAUGGAUUUGGAAGGAAACCAGCCUCCAUCGACUGGGCCGGUCUCCAAUGAUUUGGCGAAGAAGGGGAGGAAGACCAACGCUGCGAAGACAAGGGCCAGAGCGAGCGUUGGGAAAUCACCCAUCACGAAACCGCAACGGAAGAAGACUGGGGCGACGCCACUGAUGAACGCCCAGACCUUGAGUGAGCUGACUGAACAGGCCGACAAGCCUGCGGAGCCACAGGCACGACCCUCGAAGAAGACGCGACAGACGGAGCCAAGCGGAUUCGCCUCAAACUCAUCCACCACAGGAAUCACUGAUUCGGAAAAUGAUUCUGUCUCCCCAGAGGCACUGUCGGAGAUGCCUCCUCCACCUUUGCCCAAGACGAAAUCGGCGAAGCCCUCCCCGUGCUUACAGCCACAAAGUAAUGCGACUCCAACUAUGGCCCCGACCGCAGUUCCACAGCCCACAGGCAAGCCCUCACCUGCUACGCCAGCCUCUUUGAUGAGGUUACCGUCCCCAAGUAAUGCCAACAAGUCGAACACUUCGGCCGGCUCCGAUCCUAUGGCGUCGGAGAACAUCGAGAAUUUCGAGCUACCAGAGUCGGUGAGCUCAAGUACGUUCAAGAAGCCGAACCUGGCACCCCUGACCACGCAGUCGCCACGGAUACGCCCGCCGGCCGCAGAGACGCCCUCGGGAACGGCCUCGUCCUUCCAACCCUUGCCUUCGCCGGUUUUCGCUAAGCCAGGCGCAGCAGCCUCGGCAAGCCAGAGCCCUCAGCUCACGCCGGGAUCUUCUGCGACGACGCCGAAUCCGAGGAAAACACCGCAGCUUGCACCGCGCAGUGGGAAAAAGAGGGCCAGCAUCAGCUCAUCCCACGUGUCCCCUGCACUGCGGCCAAGGAUUUCACCCAGCAUCAAGCCACUACUGCCUGGAGGACUAAGAGCAGAGGACUCGGCGUCGCAGCUCUUGGCAUCCAAAUCAAAUUACCAAAACAUCCUGGAGGGCAAUAUGGUGCCUGGAGUGUCAUACCCAAGCGAGCUGUCCACCAACCUGACUUCGAAGCGGACAUCACACAAGAUUGCUGAGCAAGGCAGGCGGAACCGAAUCAAUUCGGCGCUGCAAGAAAUUGCGACGUUGUUGCCGAAUGGGGUCGUCCCUGAAGGCAAGGACAGCGGAGCAGAAAGCGGUGACAAGAAAGACUCUAAAAACGGCGGGGGCCCGAACAGCAAGGCGAGCACCGUCGAACUAGCCAUCGACUAUAUCAAGCAGCUGAAGCAGGAAGUGGAAGCGGCAAACAAACGAGCCGAGCUGGCGGAGAAAAAAUUACAGAAGGAGAAGGAGAAGGAGAAGGAGAAGGAGAAGGAGAAGGAGAAGGAGAAGGAGAAGGAAGGCACGAUCGCGUCUUAA